GGUUUAGCGAACCGGCAAUCCAACCACUAAUGAGGGUUUACCGAUACUUGCAGAAGCAGAAGAAGAAGAAGAAGAAGAGAAAAUGGCUGCGACGAGCAUCGCUUCUAGGUCGUCAACGUCUCUAGGCUCCAUCUUACGAACCGCUUCAAGAAGAAGUUUGAUCUCUCCUAGACUGCCGAGAAUCUCCGUCCCGAACUCUAACUCCUCCCCAUCGUCGCCUCUUCGUCAGACUCGAAUCGAAGCUUCUUCUCUUCCCAGGUUUCUGCGGCGAGAACUGAGCACCCAUCAACCGUUUCAUAGCGUUGUCGCUGCCGCUUGCCUCGUUUCUAAACUCCCUUCUGACCUCACUUCUUAUGAAUGUAGAUUUGCUAACUAUGUCAGUCCCAUCUAAGAGGCAGCACCUGAAGUAGUAGAUGGAUGGGCUUUUUCCGCUUUGUUUGAUGUUUUCAAGAUCUUUAUUAAAAUACAUUAACCAUAUGUUAGAUGGAACCCUCAAAUACAAGUUUUGGCAGAUGUUAUUGCUUUCAUUUAGUUGGGUAACUUGGGUUCUUGUCUUAUCAAUUAAAUGGUGAUUUCGAACAUUGUUAUUGUAAGGAAUGUAUGAUAUAACCUCUCCCGGAUA